GGAGCUGAAAAAAGAGAGGCAGAGCCGAGAGAGGUAAAACCAGGCGCAGAGAACAGCCGAUAGAGUAUCCGGUCUGGGCCACGCAGACUCGGCCCAGCGAGUCGUCCCGAGACCCGACCCGGGAGGAGAGAGCGCGACUCCGCCUGCAUCCCUGAGAGCCAGACUACGGGCAGGCCUAGUGCUCACGGGCCAAAAGCAGAUCCCGAGCCAGGCUUGCGUUAGUCUCCGACGAGGGCUUGUCCUAUUGAAGGCGCUUUUUUCAACAGCAGGACCAGGCGGGCUACCAUGACCGAGAACUCCACGUCUGCUCCUGCGGCCAAGCCCAAGAGGGCCAAGGCCUCCAAGAAGUCCACAGACCAUCCUAAGUAUUCAGACAUGAUCGUGGCUGCCAUCCAGGCGGAGAAGAACCGCGCUGGCUCCUCCCGCCAAUCCAUCCAAAAGUAUAUUAAGAGCCACUACAAGGUGGGUGAGAACGCUGACUCCCAGAUCAAGUUGUCCAUCAAGCGCCUGGUUACCACCGGUGUCCUGAAGCAGACCAAAGGGGUGGGCGCCUCAGGGUCCUUCCGGCUAGCCAAGGGCGAUGAGCCCAAGAGGCCAGUGGCCUUCAAGAAGGCCAAGAAGGAAAUCAAGAAGGUGGCCACACCAAAGAAGGCAGCCAAGCCCAAGAAGGCUGCCUCCAAAGCGUCAAGUAAGAAGCCCAAAGCCACUCCAACCAAGAAGGCCAAGAAGAAGCCGGUUGCCACACUCAAGAAAGCCAAAAAACCCAAAACUGUCAAAGCCAAGCCAGUGAAGGCAUCCAAGCCCAAGAAAGCCAAAUCAGUGAAGCCCAAAGCCAAGUCCAGUGCCAAGAGGGCUGGCAAGAAGAAGUGACAUUGAGGCCUUUCCAUGGACACUUCUUCCUAUCUCCUAUUUCUGUAAAUACUUUUUACCUUUCUUCUCUUUUGAUCCUCAUCUGCAACCCUUUGCCCCUUUUCUAUGUGACUUUAUGAAAGACAGAACUUGGAUGCCUCAGAAAUACGGAAGAAUUGAUUUUUUUUCUUUAACCAGUCUUGAAGCAAGGACAGCCACAACAAAUGUCUUAUGAUGAGAAUGUACUUAAUUUUGUCAACUUGUUAUUAAGCUACUUAAGGGUUUAGGGGUUUGGGUGGGCUGGUGUGUUGUUUUGUUGGAUGGUUUGUUUGCUAUGGAGGAGAGAAGGGUCCAGGCAGCCUCUUCUGGCUAGAUGAGAGGGAGUCCAGGAAUUGUCCGGCUUCUAGAGGUGUCUUUAAGGCGGGUGAGCUUUCUUGAAGUUAGGCAUCCCUUGUGAGAAGUUCAGAAACCUUUGGCAGAGAGAGAGGAUGGGUGGCAGCAGCUGGAUGCCAAAAGGGGGUCAGUAAGGGGUCCAAAUCCAGUUUUCUUGUCACCUCUGUAUAGUUGGUCCUUUGGUUUCCCUAUUGUUUAAGGAAGGGAGGCAAAUCUGAAGUGACAGCUGGUGGGAGAAGCCGCGGCUCUUCUCUGUUAGUGACGAACCCGGGGGGGGGGGGGAUGCUGGAAAAGAGUCACCUAAAAAGGGAGUGGAAACUUUGUAGGAAGGGUGAGGAGUCAGCCAAGUGCCUCGGGUAUGCCCUGUUGAAACCUAGGUUUUUCCACACAAUUGAUGUAUUUUUUUUACCCCCUUUUCCCACGUUUUUUUAUUCCUUCUGUGCAAGAGGUGGCUUUCUUUGGUGGUCUGAUGGGGAUCCCUGGUAGAGCUCUCCAGCCCUGCCAUCAGACACUGGGAGACCUCUCCACCUCUUUUUACUUAGGAGUCUUUUCUAUGUAGUUGUAGACGGGAGGGAGGCGGUGGGCGGGGAGGAGUGGAUAGUAAGACAUACUGCAGUCAAUUUUGAAUUUGCUAAGUAAGUUUUACAGAGUUAAAUCUGUGAGUGUGUGUGUGUGUGUGUGUGUGUAUACAUACACAUAACUAGUGCUAGUACUUAUAUUUCACUCGGGAGCUAGGAGAAAAAAAAACCUGUACAGUUGUUUUUCUCUUAUUUUUAAUAAAAUAGGGAAAAAAAAUUGUUUUUUUGGUAAGUGUUAUUUGUGCCGGGAAGAAGUUGCUGUCUUUGUAAUUUUAAGACUUUAAAAUAAAAUUAGAA